AUGGGGAAUGGGGCCCCGCGGGAAUACGGGAACGCGGGAAAUGGGAAUAGGGACAAUUAUCCCCCCACAGCGGAGAUCGGGACAGAGAUGGGGAUUAAUUCUGGGGGCGGGGACGAGAAGCAGGAAGACCUUUUGUACAAGGCUGGAAUGCCCAAUGCAAAACCAAUGCCUACUCCCUUGACCUCUAGUUUAAAAUUCUCAUCCCAUGGAGGGGAACCCUUCUCUAAGCCGGCUCUGUAUCGGUCUCUUGUUGGAGGGCUCCGAUAUGCUACAAUCACACGUCCUGAGAUCUCCUACGCCGUCAACAAGGUCUCUCAGUUCAUGCAUUGUCCUCUUGAAACCCAUUGGAAGGCCGCAAAGCAAAUUUUACGCUAUCUUGCUAGGACAGUCCACCAUGAUCUUCGCUUUCAAAAAUCGAAAGAUUGUAGGCUCUAUAGAUUUUGUGACUCGGACUGGGGAAGUGAUGUGGAUGACAGAAAAUCAACCAGUGAAUUUUGUGUGUACCUAGGACUAAAUCUUGUCUCUUGGUCCAACCGAAAGCAACCAGUAGUUUUCAAGAGUUCAACGGAAGCAGAGUACCGAAGUCUUGCUGCAGGGCUCACAGAAAUCAUAUAG